AUGAGAAACCAACAAGAAUGCCUCGUGGAAGACCCUGCCACAGGGCUACAUCGCCCGCGUGACUACAUGCAGUCACUUGAAUCACGCGUGGUUUAUCUGGAAGGGCUUCUUCGGGAAUCGCGUCCAGGCGUAACCUGCUAUGGAGACGAUCAGAAUGAGGCUAGGAAUGUCGAGCCCAUUGCUCCGUUUGUUCCAACAACCUCGGCUCAAACCCCGGAAGCUUCAACCUUCAGCCAAUUACGGGACUCACCGGGGCCGUAUACGAGUUCUACCCAUACACAUAAAGCACCAUCAUCACUUUCAAGGGAGCACGCCGGGCAAGUCGACCAUCUUUCUUCUGAAGUUGCCCUGCUCUGUCUGAAUGCCGCGGGUGGUGAGCCCCACUAUUUCGGUCCUUCGUCGGCGGUCUCCUUCUCGAGGAUCAUCAGUGCAACAAUGGGUCUCAAAGGCGAGAAAUCGUCAUCGUUGCCGCGUACUUUUGAAGACUCAGAGGAGAGCCACCCUAAUACACGCCCAGAUAGAGUACCACGACUACCAUCACCAAGUGUUUCGGUUAAUCUAUCGCGGGCUUAUUUCGAUAAUAUUCAUCCUCAGUACCCUUUUCUACACCGACCAACCUUCUGCAAAUGGGAACAAGAUGUCCGUGGACCUAGCCAGUCAGUAAACAUUUCUACCGCCGGUGACGUUUCACUAUUUUUCGUCCUCAUGGUUUAUGCGACAGGCUCCCUUGUAUUGAGUCAAAAUCAGCACGGUGCAGCGGCGAUGUACUAUUCUAUGGCCUUGGAUUACCUCCCCUCGGUCCUUGCGCUUAAUAACCUGGAAUCAAUCCAAAGUAUACUAUGCUGCGCCGUGUACUCAAUCAGAUCACCUACUGGAGCCAGUCUUUGGAAAAUAUCAGGCAUGGCCAUUCGUCAUUGUAUCGAGCUAGGAUACCACAGAAGUGCAGAAAGAUAUCGCAGGCAUGUUGAUCCCUUGACAAAGGAGAUGUCUAGAAGGUGCUUUUGGGUCGCAUACGACAUUGAUCGUGUUGCAGCUUUCACCCUCGGUCGGCCAGUGGGUAUCCCAGAUGAGCUGAUCGAUACAGAGCUUCCUAUGGAUAUCGAAGACGAGAAUAUUACUCACACGGGUUUACUGGCGAAUCCCCGUGCUACCGAUGACCAGGUGCCAACAAUCAUGACGGGUACCCUCCAUGUUAUCAAGUUAAGACAACUAUGGGCAAAAUUCCAUGCCAAUCUCUAUUCACCUCAAUUACAAUAUGCCAGUACGGGUAGCCAAUUUGCCACAGUUGAUACUUUGCGCCAAGAAUUGGAAGAGUGGCAUGCAUCAGCUCCCACACACCUAGACUAUUCAUCGUCUCAUCCUUUAUCGGUAUUUGCGUCAAACGAAUGGUUCCAAAUUGCAUACAAUCAUUCAAUCCUGAUUCUAUAUCGCUCAUAUAUCACCGGGGUCCUGGGCAAACGACGACAAGGAUCUGGCCAAAACGAGUCGAACAGCACCGACUUCAUUGAAGAGGAAGACAAUCUCCAAAGAGCAUUCGAAAAUUGUUCUCGCUGUGCCCGUGAGAUAUGUGUGCUGUAUCGUCGCCUCUACCAGAAAUCAACUGUCCAAUUCACUUGGGGAAGUCUCCAUAUUCUGUUCCUAGGCGGGUUAACAUAUUUGUAUUGUCUCUGGCGGUCAUGGAGAGUUCGCCAGCAGACUAAACAGAGCGAGGUAAUAAAUACAUGCAUGGCCUGCACAACAGUCUUGGUGAUUAUAGCUGAGCGAUGGAACUUGGCUACAUCGUAUCGCGAUAUCUUCGAAACACUCUCUGAGAAAACCAUCAACAUGAUCUGCGGAAACGAUAAACUCGCUGGACUGGCCACUCCGCAGGCACAAUGGACCGUUCCUUGUGACACCCUUCCCCCUGGCCUGUCGCCAAGAGACUGGAGUUUGGGCUUUGAUGAUUUCUCCAUGCCUCAAGGCUCGGACUGGUUUAUUCAAGAGUUUUUACAAGAAUUUCCAGAAUCUUAG